GCGCAGUGCCGCGCAGGCUUUUAAUUCCAUUGUGGAGAGGACGGCGUUAUUUUUAUUAACCGGAGGCGGCGGCGGCGGCGGCGGCGGCGGCGGCGGCGGGACCCCCAGGCCUGCUCCGGGGCAUGAAAGUCGGCAGCGCGUUCCUGAGCGGCGGCGGCGGCGGCGGCGCGGGCGGCGGGCGGGCGGAGAUGGAGCCCGGCUUCCCGCCGGGCAUGGUGAUGUUCAGCCACCGGCUGCCCCCGGUCGCCAGCUUCGCGCGGCCGGCGGGCGCGGCCGCCCCUCCCCCGCAGUGCGUGCUGGCCGCCGCCCCGGCCGCCGAGCCCCCCCCGGCGCCCGCCCCGGACGUGACUUUCAAGAAGGAGCCGGCGGCGCCCGGCGCGGCCUUCCCGGCGCCGCGCGGCGCCUGGGGCUUCCUGCCGUCGCUGGCCAGCAUCAAGCAGGAGAAGCCGGCCGAGCCCGAGGACCCCCGCUACGGCGGCCUGUUCGCGGGCGGCGGCGGCGGGGAGGGCGGCGCGGGCGGCCUCCGGGACCUGAGCGUCCUGCCCCCGCCGCCGCCGCCCGCGCCGCCCGCGCCGCACCCGCACCCGCCGCCGCCGCCGCCGCCCGCGCCGCCGCGCGACGUGCUGCUCGGCCGCCCCGACGGCCCCCGCGGCCCCGAGGCGCCCAGGCCGGACGCGGGCGUCAGGCGGGCCCGGAGGCCGAAGCCGGAGUCUCAGGGAAGCAGGGCCAAGAGGAAGCCGGGCGCGGCGGCGCGGCCGGCGGCGGCGGCGGCGGCGGCGGGGGACGCGGAGGGCGCCGUGCUGUCGCCCAGCCAGAAGCCGCACGUCUGCGACCACUGCAGCGCCGCGUUCCGCAGCUCCUACCACCUGCGGCGGCACGUCCUCAUCCACACCGGCGAGCGGCCCUUCCAGUGCGGCCAGUGCAGCAUGGGCUUCAUCCAGAAGUACCUGCUGCAGCGGCACGAGAAGAUCCACAGCCGCGAGAAGCCCUUCGGCUGCGACCAGUGCAGCAUGAAGUUCAUCCAGAAGUACCACAUGGAGAGGCACAAGCGGACGCACAGCGGAGAAAAGCCAUACAAGUGUGACACUUGCCAGCAGUAUUUCUCAAGGACGGACCGGCUGCUGAAGCACAGGCGCACGUGCGGCGAGGCCCUGGCGAAGGGGGCGCCCGGCGCGGAGCCGGGGUCGUCCGGCAGCCACGGCGGCGUGGGCAGCCUGGCCGCGUUGUCUCAGGGAAGCACGAGUUCCUCCAGGAGGAAAGCCAAGUCCAAGGGCCUGGCCGUGGAAAACAAGGAGCCCAAGACCGGGAAAGCCAGCGAGUCCCACGUGCCGAACAGCAUAAACAUGCAGACGUACUCGGUGGAGAUGCCCGCCGUGUCCUCCGGUGGGGGCAUCCUCGGCUCCGGCCUGGACGAGCUCCAGAAGAGGGUGCCCAAGCUCAUCUUCAAGAAGGGCAGCAGGAAGAGUACCGACAAAAACUACCUGAAUUUUGUGUCGCCGCUACCAGACAUCGUGGGACAGAAGCCCUUGUCCGGGAAACCAGGUGGCUCCCUUGGCAUCGUGUCAAACAACAGCGUGGAGACCAUCAGCCUUCUCCAGGGUGCAGGUGGCAAGCAAGGUCAGGUAGGCAGCAGCUACGAUGAUGCCAUGCAGUUCUCUAAGAAGAGAAGGUACUUACCCACCGCCAGCAGCAACAGUGCCUUUUCCGUGAACGUGGGACACAUGGUCUCCCAGCAGUCCGUCAUUCAGUCCGCGGGCGUCGGCGUCUUGGACAGUGAGGCCCCGUUGUCCCUUAUGGACUCCCCGGCCCUGAAUGCGGACAUUAAGUCUUGUCACGACAAGUCGGGAAUUCCUGAUGAGGUUUUACAGAGUAUUUUGGAUCAGUACUCCAGCAAGUCGGAGAGCCAGAAGGAGGAUCCUUUCAGCAUAGCAGAACCACGUGUGGAUCUGCACGCCUCAGGAGAACACUCAGAACUGGUUCAGGAAGAGAAUUUGAGCCCCGGCACCCAGACUCCUUCGAAUGACAAGGCGAGCAUGUUGCAAGAAUACUCCAAAUACCUCCAGCAGGCUUUUGAGAAAUCCACGAAUGCAGGUUUUACUCUGGGACACGGUUUCCAGUUUGUCAGUCUGUCCUCACCUCUCCACAACCACACUUUAUUUCCGGAAAAACAGAUAUACACUACAUCUCCUUUGGAGUGUGGUUUCGGCCAGUCUGUUACCUCAGUGUUGCCAUCUUCGUUGCCAAAGCCUCCUUUUGGGAUGUUGUUUGGGUCUCAGCCAGGUCUUUAUUUAUCUGCUUUGGAUGCCACACAUCAGCAGUUGACACCUUCCCAGGAGCUGGAUGACCUGAUAGAUUCUCAGAAGAACCUAGAGACUUCUUCAGCCUUCCAGUCCUCAUCUCAGAAACUGACUAGCCAGAAGGAACAACAGAAGAACUUAGAGUCCUCAGCAAGCUUUCAGAUUCCAUCUCAGGAGUUAGCUAGCCAGAUAGAUCCUCAGAAGGACGUAGAGCCUAGAACGACGUACCAGAUUGAGAACUUCGCGCAAGCGUUUGGCUCUCAGUUCAAGUCGGGCAGCAGGGUGCCAAUGACCUUUGUCACGAACUCUAACGGAGAAGUGGACCAUAGAGCAAGGACUUCAGUGUCGGAUUUCUCAGGGUACACAGACAUGAUGUCCGACGUUAGUGAGCCGUGCAGUGCCAGAGUAAAGACCCCCACCAGCCAGAGCUACAGGUGAGGGCCCAAGAGUGACCGGGCUGCAGGUCUUCUGAUGGAGUUUCUGUUUUCUUUUGAGAACACUGCCAUUGGAAUGUUUCUACACGAUCCUGUUAAGAAUAAUGUAAUGCCCUUUCAAUGCAACUUUUCAUAUUUAGUUUAUUUUGUUAGAGUGAUUUUAGCUCUGUUUGUAUUGAUUUUUAAUCAAAAUCAAUAGAUUAAAAUAGUUUGACAUUCGAAGUGACGAUGUUUAGCAAUCAAAUUUACAUGUAUAGAUCGUCAGGGAAUAGCCCAAAAGUUUUAAAUGCAAAAAAAAAAAAAAAAAAAAAAAAAAAGAAAACCACCAAAAAAACUGUACAAAAACAAAACAAAACAAAAAAAAAACCACAAAAAAAACCCCACAAAACUUUGUUGCUAGGAUUAAGGUUAUUCUAAUUGCUUUACUCUCAGGAAAGUGUUAUAACGCAUGGGAAUUCUGUACGUUAUCACCGUAAUGGAAUAUCCAAUUUACAGGUAGUGUGAGAAUACAUUUCACCACUUCAGUAAGGGAGCGAAAACAUUUCAAAUCGCUGUCUCCAUCUGGGCUGAUCCAAAAUUCUGAGAUGUUGGCUACCUAUAUUUUGUUGCAGCUUUUAAAUGUACUCUGAACUUCCAAACCACAUUCAUUCCAGCCUGGUAGAACAAAUAUUCUUGGAUCUUUGAUCAAAGCCUGGAAUGAUAGCUUUAAUAAAAGAAGGAAAGAAAAAAAAAGCACCCUCCCCUUAUCCCAGCUGUAGCAAGGCUGUGACUCCGUCAAGAGUUGAUGGGCACAGUGUUGAAGCCCAAGCGGCUGGUUGGUUCCAGUGUUAGAACCCAAGUUGGAAUUACAUCAUUCUUUGAAAUUUGGGGUGUGUGUUAUUUAUUAUACAUGGCCUGAGAACAUUGUUCUCUGUCUCUGUUACUACCUGUUACCCACACUUCUGGGGUUUUUAAUGUUAUUUUUGUUCUUAACCCGUCCUCUCGGAGAGUUCUGGGCCUUCCUUGUUCCCUCUUCUCCCUGUCUGGACAGCUUGGAUUUGAGAAUGGUCCACAUUCCAACAGGUAACACGUUUCGCAUUUCCUCUGCUUUUCGGCAUCCAAACACCAAACAACAGAGGAAAAGUAAACAUCCCCCUCCCCCCUUUUAACAGCAGAACCCACAUGUGUCCAUGUAUAAUAAAGCCCCACACACUCGGAGCUGUGGGUAUUAGUAAGGUUCCAGCUGGUGACAGAGCUGAUGUGAGGGGCGAGAGUAUCUCAUUUGGUCAUGACCUCAGAACCUCUUUGUGAAAUUGCAGCCUGUGUAAUGUACAUUUUAAAAGGGUGCGCUAGUCAGUAUUGUACAGGGGUCUUGUAAGGUCAUCCAGACUUGCUAUGAACGCUAAUUGCCAUUUGAAGCCACUGGUAAACAGUGGCUCUGCUCUAAACCACUUUUUAGCAAUUGUAUUUUUUUCCUGAUUAUAUUUUUAAUGUACUUUGAUGUUUAUGCUGAUGAGUUUUUUAUGUACUUUUGGUGAUGUUUCAGUCUUAUGUACUCUUCUGACGUCAGAAAAGUACCACUGGUUGUUUGCAGUCUUAUUGUGUAAUCAGCCUACCACAGGCUUCCAUGUAUAAUAAAGUAAUUAAUAUUGUGCAAGUGUAAAACACUUCUGUUAUGAAAGCAGUGUUUGGAAAAUGAGAAAUUAUUUAAAAUGGUUACAAAAUACUAGUUAAUUUCCUUUCCCCACUUUCCUCCCUUAAGUCCGCUCUACCAGCUAAAGGGUCACUUAUUUGUCAUUGCAGGAAUCUUAGAAAAUGUGUUUAAUCCUCUUAAAUACACUCAAUACUAAAAAGUCUGUAUUUCUUAUUUUGCUGAGUGCGGUAAGUUGUGUUGGGUACAGAGUACGCGCUGUAAUCAGAGGAUGGAGAGGACCUUCACCACUGUAUCUCUUGAGCUGUAUGGUUUUUCUCCAGCGUUUUGUUUUAUACAGGUUUUGAAUUUCUUUACCUUUUUUUGUGUGUACUGAAUACUGCAUAUGUACUAUUCUGAUUGUUUGCUCUAGUUUACUACCAAUAAAAUACCUGUUAAUCACAAAAUUGAAGAAAGGAGA